AUGGGCUUUCAACUAGAAGGUGGAUUUGGUGUCUUCCCAUUUACUGAAACAGGUCCAGUUGAGCCCGAACACGAGGCGCUUAACCGCCGUGACGAGACCUACAACACAGGUCAGGGCUACGGGGGCGAUCUACUCCAACACCUCCAGACGGACCCUCAAGCAGUUACCCAACGCGAUCGACUAGUUGGGAUGCUUUUCGCUAACUACAAGACACAUGAACGUCCAACAGAAAAAUUGGACAUUCCCACGGUCGUGGAGAUAAAUAUGAAGGUGUUAGCAAUCUUUUCUGUCGACGUGCGCACCAUGGACUACUACAUCGAUGCUCUGCUUCGUCAGACAUGGACGGACCCUCGUUUGGCAUGGAAUCACCGGGAAGGUUUCAAAAAUUACACUCAACCCUUAGUCUCCCCUACGCUAAAAGAGAACCUGUGGUUACCAGAUUUAUUCUUUCGUAACGGAAAAGACGGGUACUUGCACAAAAUGACUCUCCCUAACUACCUUCUUCGUGUUCAUCCCAAUGGGGAAGUGCUAUAUAGCCAGAAAAUCACUAUGAGAUUUUCUUGCCAAAUGGACCUUGCCACCUUCCCUAUGGACACUCAGUACUGCCACAUGAAUAUCGGCAGUUAUGGAUAUACUCUGAGUGAACUUCAGUUCGUCUGGAGAGAAAAGGAGCCUGUAGAACUGCAGAAUAACCUCCAGCUCUCCGAAUUUAAUACGCCUACGAAUUUCACGACCCUGGAUUGCACAGCCCAGUCCUCCACAUCCACUGGCAAUUACACUUGCCUUAUGGCUAAGUUUAGUCUCAAGCGUCAAUUAGGCAGCUAUCUCGUGACCACAUACAUCCCCAACAUCCUAAUCAUCAUGGUUUCCUGGUUGAGCUUCUACGUUUCCGUUGAUGCCGCGCCAGCCAGAGUUCCUCUAGGGCUACUCAGCCUUUUGGGUUUGUUGACACAAGCUUCCUCAAUCACGGGCAACCUUCCGCGUGUAUCAUACAUAAAAGCUAUCGACCUGUGGCUCAUCUUUUCCAUCAUCUUUGUCAUUGGAGUGUUGGUAGAAUACGCGAUCGCAAUCACGAUGCUUCGACAGAAGAGGAAGGAGACAUGGCGAGGCGAUGUUGAAUUGAUAGUGAAGGAAGAAUUAACCCGGUGGUUAGCAGCAUGUGAGCAAGGUCAAAUGGCAAGUAUUCAGGGAAGUGGAGGUGUGAGAGGUGAUCAGGGCUUUAUCCAACAGCAACUGGCCUAUUUUAACGAUCUAGAUGCCUUCCUAACCAAGUCCGUGAUUGAGGAGGCACGAGCUAAGAAGGGUGACAAAAAGAGUCGUGUUCCAGUGGCUGUGGAGUCGGAAAUCGACGCUUACAGUCGCUUUUUAUUUCCCACCUGCUACAUUAUGUACAACAUUUUCUACUGGACUUACUAUUUGGCCAUUGUUAAGAAGUGA